CAGCUUCCGAUUAGGAGAGGCGGCGUGUCUCUUUCCUCGCCUUUCCCACUCGUUCUACCUCUAUCUCCAGACACCCAUACGCCCAUACCCACCGCUCCACCAUUUUGUUGUCGAGUUUGUUCCUCUGCUUCUUGGUUAUUGGCUAAUGGCAAUGGUGAGUGCUUCUGCUACUCUUCCUCCAAAAACCUAUCCUCUUCCGCCAUUUUUUUCUUCAUUUCCCAACUCCUCCAGUUUCUUCAAAAUUCCCACUCACUCAUUGGCGGCUACAAGUACAACAUUGACAAGGCCUCUCUUCACUCCCUCUUUUGUGCUCAAGGACGAUCAUUGUGAAGUUAUUGCGCCAUUCGACCAAGAUGAAGUUGAAGAAGAAGAAGAAGAUAUGAGAGAGGGCAGAGAGACUCUCUUGUACUCUUUCACUCCUUUGCCUUUACUCUUGGUGGCUGCUCUUCCUGGAGCUGGGGCUGUGAGGUCGCUGUUUGGACCUUUUGUUGAGCUUGUGAAGUCAUGGAAUCUGCCGGACUGGCUUGUGCAUUGGGGUCACCCUGGCAAUAUGGCUGUUGUGCUCUUUGCCAUGGGUGGUUAUGGAACAUACCUGGGUUUCCGAAUACGUUUUUCUGAGGAUGUGGAGGAGAAGGCCAAGGCCAAAGACUUGCAUCCAAAGCUUUUAGCUGGAAUGUUUUUUUUCUUUGCACUUGGAGCAACCGGUGGAGUAACAUCUCUGCUCACUUCUGAUAGACCCAUCUUUGAAAGUCCUCAUGCUGUUACAGGUUUCAUUGGGCUCGCUCUCUUGACUAUACAAACCAUUUUACCAUCUUUGUUUGAGGGAAAUCCUGGACUGCGAAACGUUCAUGGGAUAUUGGGCAGUGGGAUCAUGACACUGUUUCUCUUCCAUGCAGCCCUUGGGCUUCAACUCGGUCUUAGUUACUGAUGGAUACUUCUACCUACAGCUGGAGUUUUCGUGGAGUUCGUUUUUCUACCUAUAUUUACAUUCUUUGUGGCACUGGAAGUUGCACCCAAUCAGCUAAAAGAUUGCAGCAGAACUUGAAGAGCUUGAUCGAUAGUAUUUUCUAAAAUUGUGUAUGGCUCUAUUUAUAGGAAUCAGACCAUAGCUGGAAAUUUUGUUUCAAACCUAGGGUAAAGGUAUGCUCCAAAUGACAGUGCCAAUGUUUGAAAUGUAAACCAAUGUGCAUCAACUAAAAGAAGUGCUCUGUUUUCCGAUAAUGUGUGGCUGAUGAUAAGAGAAUUGGUAGAGAGUUAGCGCA